ACCUUUGUGUCUUCUAGGGUUUCAUACGGUUUUUUUUCGUGUUUGUGUUUGUCGAAUUUUGAUUUACACACGUUCUUGAAUUGUAAAGCAGGAUAUUUUUAUUUUAACUUUUAAAAUUUGAUGAUUGUUGGAAGUUGUUUUAUUUAUUAUUAAUUUUUUUGGGGGGUGAAGUUUGAGAAUUGCGAAUUUGAUUGUUAUUUUAAGUAGUUUUUUUUUUUCUUUUUUUGGGGGGGGGGGGGGGGGGGGCGGUGGCAUGGGAAUAUAAAGAUUAGAGAGGAAGGAAGAAAGUUGGGUUGUUAUAUUUUUAGGAAAUAAGAUGGUUAAUAAUUAACGGGUGCAAUUGAACUUAUUUGCUUGUGAGGCGGAGCAAUUUUGGUUAGUUUGGAUCAAUUGGGUGGAGGGCAUUAUAUGUAUAUAUCUUGUAUAUAGAAGAAUGAAUUUUUAGUUGUUGACGAACUUGCUGACGCCUGGACAAAGAAAUGGAUUCGGCUAGGAGUUGGCUGCAGAAGUUUCAACCGCGAGAGAAGUUGAGACCUUCAACUAAAAAGAAAGAUUCCACAUCAAUGGGAAAAGAAGGUUCAAGCCCGCAAUCAGGUGAUGAAGCUCUUUCAAAUGUUACAAAGCAAAAGGUUGCAGCGGCAAAGCAGUAUAUUGAGAACCAUUACAAGGAGCAGAUGAAGAACCUGCAAGAGAGGAAGGAACGAAGAAAUAUUCUGGAAAAGAAGUUGGCUGAUGCUGAUGUCUCUGAGGAAGAUCAAAGCAACCUGCUGAAAUACUUGGAGAAGAAGGAAACUGAAUACAUGCGCCUUCAAAGGCAUAAAAUGGGAGCAGAUGAUUUUGAGUUACUAACAAUGAUUGGAAAGGGUGCAUUUGGGGAGGUAAGAGUUUGUAGGGAAAAAAUAACAGGUCAUGUAUAUGCAAUGAAAAAGCUUAAGAAAUCAGAGAUGCUUCGUAGAGGCCAGGUUGAGCAUGUGAAAGCUGAAAGGAAUCUACUUGCAGAGGUUGACAGCAAUUGCAUUGUCAAGCUUUAUUGUUCUUUCCAAGAUGAUGAGUUCCUUUACCUUAUUAUGGAAUAUUUACCUGGUGGAGAUAUGAUGACUUUGCUUAUGAGAAAGGAUACCUUGUCUGAAGAUGAAGCCAGAUUUUAUGUUGCAGAAACAGUUCUAGCUAUUGAAUCUAUCCAUAAACACAAUUACAUUCAUAGAGAUAUUAAGCCGGACAAUUUACUACUAGAUAGAUAUGGUCACCUGAGACUCUCAGAUUUUGGAUUAUGUAAGCCUUUGGACUGCAGUACUCUUCAAGAAAAGGAUUUUUCAGUGGGAAACAACCUUAAUAAUGAGGGUAAACAGAGUGAUGAUCGUCCUGCAGCCCCAAAGCGCACACAACAGGAGCAACUACUCCAUUGGCAGAAGAACAGGAGGAUGCUUGCUUAUUCUACUGUUGGUACACCUGACUACAUAGCCCCUGAAGUUCUGCUGAAGAAAGGUUAUGGGUUAGAAUGUGAUUGGUGGUCAUUGGGUGCUAUUAUGUAUGAAAUGCUUGUUGGGUACCCACCCUUUUAUUCUGAUGAUCCUAUGUCAACAUGUAGGAAGAUAGUAAACUGGAGAACUCAUCUAAAGUUCCCUGAAGAAGCAAAGCUAUCUCCCGAAGCCAAAGAUCUUAUUAGUAAACUACUGUGCAAUGUCAACCAGAGGCUGGGAUCGAAGGGUGCAAAUGAAAUAAAGGCCCAUCCAUGGUUCAUUGGUAUUGAAUGGGAAAAAUUAUAUCAAAUGGAUGCCGCAUUUAUUCCAGAGGUGAAUGAUGAGUUGGAUACUCAAAACUUUGAAAAGUUUGAAGAGUCUGAUAGCCAAGCUCAAGCAUCAGGCAAAGCAGGUCCAUGGAGAAAGAUGCUCUCAUCUAAGGACAUCAACUUUGUAGGGUACACAUACAAGAACUUUGAAAUUGUUAAUGAUUAUCAAGUGCCUGGGAUGGCUGAGUUGAAGAAGAAAGACACUAAGCCGAGGAGGCCGUCUAUCAAGACUCUAUUUGAUGAUGAAUCAGAUACGCCAGAUGAUCCUGCUGCCGCAACGGAUGCAGCUGCUAAUCAACCUGUUCAGGGUAGCUUUUUGAACAUGUUGCCUCCCCAAUUGGAAGUACCACAAAAUCGAAAUGAAACACCCUAGGACUUGGCUAAUCUCUUUAUUUGCUCCAACCCACCGAAUCAGGUGCAUUUUGACUUCUUCGUGGCUGGAGAUUUUUAUAGUUCAUCUCCUUCCACGUUUGGGUUUUGUUGGUGGCAACUUCGACUAGAAUCCAAGGAAAUGAUCACAGACGCCCUAGGUGGAAGCAAAGAAAGGUACAGAGGGGUUAACUGCUGGAUGCUGGAUGUUGAAGCUACUAAUCAGCCUUUUUAGGCUGCCUUGAUCAGUCUUCGUAAUUUUUUUAAUGAGACAAAAAGGAAAAGAAAAAAAAAUGCGAAGGCGAAUGCUAAUUCAUUAACUGAUUAUAUAAUUUAUUUUGUUUUCUUAAAGUUGUAAAUUGUGUGUACAAAUACACCCAUUUAACUCCCUCAUAUAUGUUUUAUGUUUUCCUUUGCGGUUUAAAUAACAGCAAAACAAUUGUUCAACAGGAAUCAAAAUAUCAUAAAAGUUCCAAUUUUUUUCAAA